AUGGUGAUUUUUAAUGAAAACAUUACAUUUUCACAAACUUAUUUUUAAUAAAAAUCAGCCCUGAAUUAUUUGACAAAUCUAAAGGAGAAAAAAGUAUAUAAUUCAUUUACUAAAAUUUAGCCUGAAAUCUUCUCUCAUCAAUUUGAUAUAUAUUUUGAAUACUAUCCUUCUCUUUGA